AUGACGUACGAUGAGCGAUGGCUAAUGGAAGCGCCGCCGCUUUCACCAGAGAGUUCAGCGCCAGGGCAGGAUGACUCCAUUUCCUCCUCGACGUCAAUAUUUAAUUUGAGUCAGUAUCGAGACUACCAAGGAAAGGAGAUCAGCGUUCACGUCAUCGGGGAACAGACAAAUGCCCUCUGGCAGCCUCAAAAAUGCCAAGCUCUCAACGGCAACCAAGCCGAGGACUAUGUCGAUGGAUUGAGAAAGCCAGAGGCGCCCAUCGUGGUCUUCCCAGUACUGCCAAGAGCUUUCUAUUGCAACGAGCUGCGUGUCAAAAGAUGCAUCAAGGAACGCGGCGGACGAGAACUUAUUAAGGCCAUCGGCAGGCAAUUAUGGGAAUGGGAGCGUCUGUGCGGUCGUAGUGGGAAGAUCUGCCACUGA